CUUGGGUCUUCUCUGCAGCUGACAAGCCAACUCAACCUACUGCCAACCAAGACCUGACUGGCACGAGGAAAGGUGCAAUAAUGAAGAGUUUUCUUCUAGUUGUGAAUGUCCUGGCAUUAACCCUGCCUUUUUUGGCUGCAGAGGUUCAAAACCAGAAACAACCAGCAUGCCAUGAGAACGGUGAAAGACGGUUCUAUCAGAAAACAGCUCCAUAUGUCCCAAUGUAUUAUGUGCCAAAUAGCUAUCCUUAUUAUGGAACCAAUUUGUACCAACAUAGACCAGCUAUAGCAAUUAAUAAUCCAUAUGUGCCUCGCACAUAUUAUGCAAACCCAGCUGUAGUUAGGCCACAUGCCCAAAUUCCUCAGCGGCAAUACCUACCAAAUAGCCACUUACCCACUGUGGUACGUCGCCCAAACCUACAUCCAUCAUUUAUUGCCAUCCCCCCAAAGAAAAUUCAGGAUAAAAUAAUCAUCCCUACCAUCAAUACCAUCACUACUGUUGAACCUACACCAGCUCCUACCAUUGAACCAACGGUGGACAAUAUAGUCACUCCAGAAGAUUUUUCAGAGUCCAUCAUCACGAGCACCCCUGAGACAACCACAGUCUCAGUUACUACACCUACGGCAUGAAAACACCAAGGAAAUACCAAAGAAGACAACACAGGACUUGCUGAAACCAAACGACUACUUCACACUCCUUCAGUCAUUUGUCCACCUUCAGUCAGUUGAAAAUGUGAUUUUCACAGAUUCAAUUCUUCUCUCCUUACAUUUUACAUUCAUGCCACAUUCAAUAUUUUGAUUCUUGCACAAUAAAGCCAACUGAUUGCAACUGA